UAAUUUUGGAAUCAUUUUGGAUUUUUGGGUGGCAAUUCUUAAAAUUUAGACAAACUUUUUAAAGACAAUGAAUUAACAGUAGAGAAAUUUUUAGAUUAAGAAAACAUUGUAUUUGACAUAAAAUAAAAUUCCAAUAAAUUUUACAAUUAGUAAAUAAAACCUUAAUAAUAUAAAAUAAACUCAUAUAAAAUAGUAUAAAAGAAAACAAAGAAUUUUUAAAAUAAUUGAUAAAUUAUGCUAUAUAAAUGCCUGAUAAAACUUCAGAAGAUGAAAAAAUAUUAUAUAAAGUAAAAAAAAAAAAAAAGUACAUUAAAAUUAAAAAUAAAAAAGAUAUCCAUUUGUUUCUAGUGAAAUAUUAGGUGUAUAAAUAAGAACUUUAGAAAAUUUAUAUUUUGAAAUCCAAUAAGAACUUGACGAAUCUUCCGAAAUCGAAAAAGAACCAAAAAAUGAAAACGAAAAUGAAAAUGAAAAUGAAAAUGAAAAUGAAAACGAAAAUGAAAACAAAAAAAAAACACAAGAAAAUAAAGAAAUUGAAGAAAAUAUUUAAAAAACUGAACCAAAAUAUCAGUUAAUUGAAUAAAUAUUCUAAUUUAUUGAAAAUAAAGAAGAUUUAGAUGACACUUUAUCAGGAUAUUUUGGAAAAGUUUUAAAUAAUGUAUUUACACCAAGGGGAAAUUUCUUUAAAUAUAUUUCUUCAAAUAAUAAAACAGAAAUCUUAAAUAAUUUCGUAAAACAUGUUUAAGUUAGAAGUAUUGCAAAUUAAUUAUAGAAAUUACUUUUAAAUGUCGGCAAUGAAAAUAAUAAUAAUAAUAUAGAUGAAUUUUCCAAUUAAAGAUAAUAUUUGUUAGAUUUAUUAAUAACUGAUUUAAAAAUAGGCAAUAAUUUACAAAAAAUAAGCAUUUCUUCUCUACUUAUUGAAGUCUUGAAUAAUAUUCUUGAAGAAAUAAAUUUCUAAAGAACAAGUACUGUACUUUAAACUGUGGAAGGAUAUAUUUUUGAAGGUAAUACAAUAAAGGAUUUGAUAGAAGUUCUUUUAAAUACCCAAGAUGGAUAGGUUUAGAGCAAAGUUUCGACUGUUUUGGGAUUAAUUGUGGUUGUUUAUAAUAAAAAAUAUUAAAAUAAACUAAGUAAAGAAUCAGAAAACU